AAUGGCUGGCUUGAGAUGUGAUGAAGGAGAUGGGAGGCCAUCACAUCACGGGCCUCUGUGUGCUCAAGUGGGGCUAUAAAUUCUUUGCUGACCUGCUGGAUUACAUCAAAGCACUGAACAGAAAUAGUGAUAGAUCUAUUCCCAUGACUGUAGAUUUUAUCAGACUGAAAAUCUACUGUAAUAAGCAGUCAACAGGUGACAUAAAAGUAAUUGUUGGAGAUAGUCUCUCAACUUUAACUGGAAAGAAUUUCUUGAUUGUUGAAGAUACAAUUGACACUGACAAAACAAUGCAGACCUUGCUUUCCUUGGUCAAGCAGCAUAAUCCAAAGAUGGUCAAGGUUGCAAGCUUGCUGGUGAAAAGGACCCCUCGAAGCAUUGGUUAUAGACCAGACUUUGCUGGAUUUGAAAUUCCAGACAAGUUUGUUAUAGGAUAUGCCUUUGACUAUAAUGAAUACUUCAGGGAUUUGAAUCAUGUUUGUGUCAUUAGUAAAACUAGAAAGGCAAAAUACAAAGCCUAA